CGCCAGACACGUGCGACUUCGAAGCCCGAGUACGCCUGCGUAGCGUCGCCUCGAAGUGAACACCCUGAGCCCGGAUCGCAUGGACGACGUUCAGCAGCGAGUGCCGUCGGCCCUUUCAGACUCCUCGCCCAAGUCGCCGCAGCACAAGGAGCGGCCCCCGCUGAGCGAGGAGCAGAUCAGCGAGUUCCGCGAGGCUUUCACGCUGUACGAUAAAGAUGGGAGCGGCUGCAUAAGGGCGAAAGAUCUGGGCACGGUCAUACGGUCCCUCGGCUACCAGCCGACCGAGGCGCAAGUCGCGGAGAUAGUGGGCUCGCGGGAGACGAUCGACUUUCCCGAGUUCCUGACCAUCAUGGCGAAAGAGGACAUCCGCUCGGCCGACGCCGACGAGGAGAUCCGCGAGGCCUUCAAGGUGUUCGACCGCAACGGCGACGGCUUCGUGAGUGUCGCCGAGCUGCGCCACGUGAUGACCACCAUGGGCGAGAAGCUGACGCACGAAGAAGUGGACGAGAUGAUACGCGAAGCGGAUCAGGACGGCGACGGGCGCAUCAACUACGAAGAGUUCGUCAACAUGGUCACCUCCAAAUGACUGGUCAGCAUGCGGCACUCAAUAAAACACAUCAUUUUCUG